UUCCUCGAUACUGGACCCCGAAAUUUCUGACGAUGCCGCUGACUAUCAUUCGAUCCCUACCAAGUUUCAUUCCUGUCGCCGAGCACCAGGCUGAAACCCCUGCUACUUUCGACAUCGAAUCCGCACCUCCUGUGCUACACCACCACGAAGCACCAUGCACAUUCCUCGUCGAAGAUCCUUCGGGCACUUUGCCUAUCGUCAAUGAGUCGAAGGGUGGCGUUUACGUGAAUUCGCAUAACUUGCUAGUUUGGAACGCAGAAGAGCCUAAGGGAGUUGAGGUACCAUACAGAAGUAUAACGUUGCAUGCUCUGCAACGCGGAGACGCGCCUUGCAUCUAUUUGCAGCUCUCAUUGUCGGGCGGAGAGGACGAGAUGGAGGAUUUUGUUGAGGUCAGAGUGGUCCCGGAAGACGCAUCUCAUUUGGAUGCCAUCUUUGCGGCUCUUUCGGCCUGCGCGUCACUACACCCAGAUCCUCGAGACGACGAUGAGGAAGAUGGGGAUGAUCUUAUGGGAGAAGGUCAUCAAUGGUUCACUGCGGAUAAUGUGCAUGAGUUUGAGGGUGCGACUGCUAUUGACGUCAAUGAUCAGUUCGAGGAUGAGGAAGUGGGACAAGUACGCGCAAGAGAAGAAGAUGGCGAAGAAAGAGAAAGAAAAUGGAAACGAACGGACUGAAGUUGCUUGAAUAAGGAAGGGUGAAUGUCGUUAAUUUGAGCGAGGAGAUCUGAGGUUCAAGAGGUUUCGAGGCAGAUGUCUGCGUUGGCGGCCAGAGAAACCGGACGUGCUACUUCUUACGCAAUAAACUGACAGUGGUAGACAAGAACUGAUUAGUUUCAUCAUAUAAGAUAAUAAAAUUCCAGUUUCGCCCAUGGAACACGUGACUCACCG